AUGCCGACCGCCUCCUGCCUCCGCCCGCCUCUCCGCAGCGGCCGCUCCGCCGCGGCGCGCCUCGGAUUCCCUCCCCCGCCUCCCCCGGCGCAGCUCUACCCGGCGGGGCUGGCGAUUGGGAGCUGGCGGAGGAGGCUCGCCGGGGUCGGGGUGGCGGCCUCCUCCGCCUCGCCCUUCGACGAGCUCUACGCGCGGGGAAGGCCCAUCCACGGAGCCUCUAAGAAAUCUACCUUGUGGAAUUUGAUCCAAGAUAUAGAGCCUUUGGAUCUUAGUGUCAUUCAGAGAGAUGUUCCUCUUGAAACAGUUGAUGCAAUGAAGAGGACCAUCUCUGGCAUGCUCUCUUUUGAAAGGAACCUAGAACUUUCUGAAGAAGAUGCUGAAUGUGAGAAAAGAGACAUGACUGAAGAUAAUCUUCAUGAUAUCAAUUUGGGUAGGCCUGUUACAAUUUUCAGAUUAUCGGAAGACGACAUGCCCCAGGACUCUGGAAAAAUUGACGAAGAACCAUCUGGUGAGAGUAUGGGAGAAAUGUUAAGUAACUUAACACCCCAAGCAGAAGAGCAGAUUAUUCGGUUGCAAUCUCGUUUGGAUGCGAUGAAAAAGGAGUUACAUGACCUGAAGAGGAAAAAUUCUGCCCUUCAAAUGCAACAGUUUGUUGGGGAAGAGAAAAAUGAUCUGCUAGACUAUCUAAGAUCCCUAACACCAGAGAAGGUUGCUGAACUCUCGGAAUCCACCUGUCCUGGUGUGCAAGAGGCUAUCCAGUCUGUUGUGCAUGGUUUGCUUGCUACUCUUUCCCCCAAGGUACACUCGAAGUCUCCUCCACCAGUAGAGAAUGCUGGGGGAGCCCUAAAUUGUGGGGGUGAGGACGAUGACUGUGCAGAGCUUGUCGAGAAUACUUCCCUCCCGUUUCAGCCCCUAAUAUCUGUCCCACGUGAUUAUCUUGCACGUUUGUUAUUCUGGUGCAUGUUGCUGGGUCACUACAUCCGAGGUCUGGAAUACCGGUUAGAGCUGGCACACCUUCUCAGAAUAUCUAGCGACGUGGGGUCUUUCCCCAUUGAUGACGAUCAUUUUAUUUGA